AUGUACUUAGCCCUUCAGGACCCCAACUGUGUGGAGGUGUUUGCAAAUACCAUCUCCCUGAUUUGGAUGAGCAGAAACAAAGCAGCCUUUCGAGUUGCUUGUCUGCCCCUUAAGAAAAUUCCAGAGCAAGCCUGCGCCUUGGUGCAUGAAUUUCACCACCUCCGCCCAGUCCACGCAAAAAUCCCAAGAACAGCCCGUGUAGUUCAAUGGAAGCCUCCACCCCCUAGUAUGGUGAAAGUGAACUUCGACGGCGCUAUUUUCUCAACCCAUUCUUUAACAGGUCUCGGCAUGAUAAUCCGAGAUCAGGCUGGACUGGUAUUAGCUGCCUUGUCACAAAAAAUUCCCCAGUCUACUUUGAUGGAGACAGUGGAAGUGAUGGCAGCGAGAAGGGCUCUCUUGUUUGCCAAAGAGCUUGGUUUUGAGAGAGUUAUGAUUGAAGGAGACUCUGAAGUUGUCAUCAAAGCCAUCAAGGAGAAAUCUCUCCUUUCUUCGGACUGGGGUCACAUUUUGAGAGAUAUCCAUGCUCUAUCUUAUUCCUUUAGUAGUAUUUCUUUUCUUCAUGUUAAGCGUUCAGGUAAUAGUGUACCUCAUCGCUUAGCACAUAGAUCAUUUUGUAAUCCUUUGUUAGUUUGGAUGGAGGAAGUUCCUCCUGACAUUGUGGAUGUUUACAACCAUGAUCUUGGUCUUAUUAAUGAAUAG